AUGAGCGCCUCCAACCCGGAGCUUCUCGAGCAGCCUCAGGGCGAGCCUGCGCCGGAGCUUCUCGACGGUCGCAUCUGGGUCGACGGCUGCUGGGACUUUUUCCACCAUGGCCACGCCGGCGCAAUGGUUCAGGCCAGACAGCUGGGCGACGAGCUGUACGUCGGUGUCCACUCGGACGAGGCGAUUCUUGCCAACAAAGGCCCUACGGUCAUGAACCUCGAGGAGCGCCUCGCCGCGACCGAUGCCUGUCGAUGGGUUACCAAGUCGGUCGGAUACGCCCCUUACGUGACACAGCUCCCCUACAUCUCUCACUACGGAUGCCGAUACGUGGUUCACGGCGACGACAUUACCUCGGACAGCGACGGCAACGACUGCUACCGCUAUGUCAAGGAGGCCGGCCGCUUCAAGGUCGUCAAGCGAUCGCCCGGCAUCUCCACCACGGACCUCGUCGGCCGCAUGCUGCUGUGCACUAAGACUCAUUUCAUCAAGUCGCUGAAGAAGACGCUGGCCGGCGAGGAGGGCGUGGGCACCCCGGAGGAGCGCAAGGCCCAGGCGGAGGCGAUGCUCGAGCGGAUCAAGCUGUAUGCGACGGACGAAACAGCCAAGAACCCCGGUGUGGACGUCUGGUUCUGGCAUUCCGCUCCCGACGCGGGCGAUGGCGAGCGUGGAUCAUAUGAAAAAUUUCUGGAGGGAGCUGGUCGCAAACCUGGGCAGCGCGUGGUCUACGUCGACGGCGGGUUCGAUCUCUUCUCCAGCGGUCACAUUGCGUUUCUGCGCAAGGUGCUGGAGGAGGAGGACAAGCUUGCGCGAGAGGCGGGCUGGUUCUCUGCCGAGGCCACCGAGAAGCGGAAGAGCGCAAACGGCGGCAAGGACUACGGGCCGGCAUACGUGGUGGCUGGCGUUCACGAGGACCGGGUGAUUAACGAGUGGAAGGGGGUCAACUAUCCCAUCAUGAACAUUUACGAGCGAGGGCUCUGCGUGCUGCAGUGCAAGUACAUCAACGCCGUUGUUUUCGGAGCGCCCUUUACCCCGACCAAGAGCUACCUCACAGACUCGCCGUGGGGCGUCCCCGACGCGGUGUAUCACGGCCCAACGGCCUUUAUGCCCCUGACAUACGACCCGUACACGGCGCCCAAGGAGAUGGGCAUCUACCGGCAGAUUGGCGAGCACACGUUUUCGCACGUCAACGCGGGGGAGAUUGUGCAGCGCAUCAUGAAGAGCCGCGACAUGUACGAGGCGCGGCAGCGGGCCAAGGGGGUCAAGGCCGAGGUGGAGGCGGCGGCGAGGGCGCGGGAGCAGCUGGAGGAGGAGCAGCGCAAGAAGGAGGCCGAGAGGGGGGUCAUGUCGAGCUGA